GAAAACUGGUCAAGCAACUUAAACGCAAUUGUUUGAGGCCAGUGGGAAAUUCACAAUCAACUGUUUAGUUUCAUUUCUACAAUGUUCAUCUACAGACUUGUAUUUAUUGCGCCUCUGAUAUUACUGCUCAGCUUGGCUAAGGCUCGCCACCCCUUUGACAUAUUUCACUGGAACUGGAACGACUUUCAGGAGUGUCUACAAGUUAAUAAUAUUACCAUAGGGGAAUAUGAGAAGUACGCGCGACUCGAGACUCUGGACUAUCUGCUCAACGAAAAAGUCGACUUGAGGUACAAGUGCAAUAUUAAAUGCCAGCUAGAAAGAGAUUCAACGAAAUGGUUGAAUGCUCAGGGUAAAAUGGAUUUGGAUUUGAUGAAUACCACCUCUAAGGCAUCGAAAUCCAUUACCAAGUGCAUGGAGAAGGCACCCGAAGAACCUUGUGCCUACAGUUUCAGACUGGUGAUGUGUGCAUUUAAGGCCGGCCAUCCCGUGAUUGAAUCAGAAUAAUUGUCAAUUAUUUACUAUAAAUAUGUGGAAACAAGGAAAUUACUACAAUUUUCACACAUUACUCGCAAGAAUGUGUCUAUUUUAAAAACGAGUGAUUUGUAGAGUUUAUAUACUAACCAAAAUUAAACUGCAAUUGAUAUUAGAGCUCUGUUAACUCAACGAGUAAUUAGUUUUAAGUGAAACAAAAAGUGAUCUUCAAUUAAAAGUACAUAAAAC